AUGGGCGUGGCUGAAAGAAAAAACAUAACAGAGGAUAGCGCAGCACAGCACAACACAGCACAGCACAGCAGGGCACAGUUACAGCAUAAGAAAACCAAGAUAAAACAAAACAAGUAUAUUGUAUAUAAACUGGGCAUAAAGUACCUUUUUGGUUCAAAACCCUAUAUCAAUCAUCUGACAUGUUUAUCUUGUCCAAUCUGUGUCGCGCUACAAAGAAACAAAAUGCCUUUUAAUACUGACAGAUCAAGUCUACAGAUACAGGUGGAAUAUUAUUGGGCAAUGACCGACUGUAUCAAAAAACACAAAAAGCAAGUUGAUGAAGAAACCGGAGUCGUUGUAAAGAAGAUAGGGUUGGAUAUCCAAUCUACAACUGUCAUUAAAACGAAGCAUUGGCCAUUAAUACGAUCGUGCGACUUUUCUAGUGCGGAUUUGGUUUGA